GCUGUCCUCAACACUUCCUCAUUUGGCAGAAUUCAUGACUGGAAUUUCUCCAGACAUGGUCGGUUCCUGUGGCCCUGCUGGGCUACCUAGCACCACCUCCACUUGCCCAUGGUUCCAUUAUGUCAUGGAUUAUUUCAGUAACAUUGUUUUCUCUUCUUUCUAUUUGCAUAAUCUUAUCCCUAACGAGACUGAAAACUAGGAACAUGCCACUCCCAGGCUCCUUGGGACUUGACACAUCCUCCUGGGAUCAUCUCAGGAAGGGGACUGGCUGUGCAGGCACCAAGGAGGUGGUGUUGAUCUUUCUAUGCAGCCUGUUGGCCCUCAUUGUCCUGGCCAGUGCAGCUGAAAAGGAGAAGGAAACUGACCCUUUUCAUUAUGACUACCAGACCUUGAGGAUUGGGGGGUUGUUAUGUGCUGUGGUCCUCUUCUCCGUUGGGAUCCUCCUUAUCCUAGGUUGCAGAUACAAGUGCAGUUUCAAUCAGAAGCCCGGGACCCCAGGGGAGGAGGAAGCCCAGGUGGAGAACCUCAUCACUGCAAAUGCAACAAAACUCCAGAAAGCAGAGAGCUGAAUGAAGUGCAGCCCUCCAGUGGGAAGCCUCUGGAACCUGAAGGCAGCUGCUUGAACUUUUAGAUGCAAAUGUUGAUGCUUAAGAAAACGGCCACUUCAGCAACAAAUCUUACUCCAAGAGAAGCUAAGAACUUGUGUGUCCCCCCACACCCUUCCCUGUCCCCUCUAACACCAUUCCUCCACCUGAUGAUCCAACUAAUUAAUCUCUUGCCUCACCACUGCAGCCUGCAGGCUCCUCCAACUCCUGUGAUGUGUCUGUGUGUGUGUGUUUGCUGACUCUAGUGUUCAUGGCUACUUGUUCAUGGUUAUUACUGUUAGUGAACUGUGGACU